CGUCCCUCCAUAUAUCUAUACUUCGCUCCUCUCCUCCUUCUCAUCUCACACAAACGAACACAGACCUCCAGAUCUAGCAGCAGCAGCAACAAGAAGCAAAGUACACAAGCUACAAGACAAGAUCGAAAUGGCUCCGAGCUUUGGCCGCUCCAUCUCCUUCCCGCUCAGCCCGGCGAGGUCCUUCAAGCCCCGCGCAGCGGCGUGUCACGUUCGCUCCAUUAGCCUCCCAUGCCGCUCCCACCCGCUGCUCGCCCACCUCCAGACCCAGAUCGCCGCGGUCCGCUCCUGGGCCACCUCGCCCACCGCGCCGUCCUCGGGCCUCGCCCACAUCGACGCGCUCCACGCCGUGCUCGCCGAGCUCCUCGUCCUCCCGGAGGUCCAGGACGCGGUCUGCGGCGCCACGCCCGCCUCCGACCGCCUUCUGGACGCCUACAUCCUCCUGGCCGACGCGCACCGCGGGUUCCAGGAGACACUCCUCGCGCUCAAGCGCGACGUCGCGGACGUUCGGGCCGCCCUGCGAAGGCGCGACGCCGCCAGGCUCGCGUCCGCCGCACGCUCGCAGCGCAGGAACGAGAAGGAGCUCGCCCGCCACGCCGCGGCCGUCUCCUCCGGCACCGUCGCCAAGUGCGCGCGCCUUGGCCUUGGGGGUGCCACCGCCGAGGAGACCGAGAUAGCCGUCGCGCUCAUGGAGGCGGCAGCCGCGAGCGCCGCGGCCUCCGCGACCGUGUUCUCGGCCGCUGCGUCGAUGUCAGCGGCCGCGUCCUCCUCCAAGACGACAGCAGCGUUCGCUGCCUUCGCCAAGAAAGCCGCGCCGGAGACGACGGAGGUGGUGCCGGAGAAGUUGGUGGAGCUUGAGAAAUGCAUUGACGAAUGCGAGAGCGGCAGCGAGAUGGUGUUCAGGAGCAUUGUUCGGACUAGGGUUUCAUUGCUCAACAUUCGCACUCCGGCAAUUUAGAAUGAGAAAAGAAAUGAAAAGGCUAUAUGUUGUAUACACCACUC